AUGAGUCAAGCCAUGCAGAUCGGUGCAUUGCAAGAAUCCGCGCCGGAUGCUUCAGCCCAGACCGACCCCUCGAUGUUUCAGUCUUCGAAGGAGUCUCGGACGAUGAUUGCUUGCAGGGCGGACGUUGAGGUUGUGGACCCGUGCGACCCUUCAUGGCUCUUGAUGCCGAGCCUGUUGGAAUACCUUUCCGUGGAUGACAUUUUGGAGUGGCGCCGGACAUCUCGGCAGACCAGAAGUCCCAGGGUCUUGAUACAGCACCUGACCGAAAUGGGCAGGUUGGACAGGUGCGAGUCAAUUCUCGGUUUUUCUGCAAAAUGGAAGUCCAUGGCAAAUGACCCUCGCGCCUUCGAUGCCAACAUUGCAAAGGAUGUCACGCAGCAGAAGUUCUUUGAGUGCCGAUGGUGGUGUAUGAGGCUGACAAGAGCCUGCUACACCCAAAUGUUUCCCGAGAGGGAUGUCUGGCAUAUCACCCAAGAAAACCUUCGACAUUUGUUUGUGCACUGCCGCGACGUGGAUGAAUCUGUGAGUUGCUCCGCGCACCAUCUUAUUCUGAACCAUGCGUAUGGCUGCCACCCUUCUGUGCAGCAAGAGAUCGCGGAAGGCAUGCUGGGCUUAAUGGGAGAGCUCUUACCAGAGUUGCCAGAAGAGUCCGAAACUGAAGUGAGCAAAGCGGCCGCGAUCCAGGCAGAGAAGUGCUCCGCGAAUCUUGAAUGGGUUCUGCGUGCACUGACGAGGCCUCAGCGUCAGAGGUGGGUGUCCUUGCUGGUCAGACUCCUACAUCUCCUACAGGGUCAGAACCCAUCCCAGACCACGCUGGUUCAUCGCCUGACGCUCCUAUGGCGGGCGGAUGACGAUCCCAGACGCAGCUAUGCAGAAGCAGACAAGCAGCUGAAGACUUUGUCGCAGCAUGGGAGCCGAGAUAUAAGGAACGCGCUUCUCAGGCUCCGCUUGUGCUAA